AUGGAUUACAUCAUCAUUGAUUACGUUGACUGCAGGGGCCAGUCCGAGAAAUUCUACCAAGAACCGGUCGGCACCCCAAAGCGCAUCAAGCCUGUAUUCGAUAUACGUUUCUUCCAGAGCGCGUACUAUCUGGAUGGUGAACUUGCCGGUGCCAUCGCAGGCACAAUCAAGCUCAAUAUCACUGAUCAGCGGACUUUGGUGGUCUGCGGCAUUAUGGAGCGCGCAUACCCUAUGGACACUAGAGCUCCCGCGACCCAAUCAACAACGGUUGGAAAGGAGAUGGACGCGGAGUUGAAGCCGACGUCGGAUGAAAAGAAAAAGUACCGCGAAAAUCCACAAGAUGAGACGGCUGCAAUCGGGGACGAUCUCCCUUCUGUUCAAGAUGCUCAGGCGCCCUCAGGCAGACAAAGUGAUACAGAUGUUGAAGCGAUGCCACAACCAGCCUUUCAGGAAGAGAGCAGUGACCAGGGUGAGGGGAGUCGAGAGAAACCUCGAGUCUACAUAGUCCCGCAACUUCGAGCAAAAGACAAGGGAAGGGGCCGAGCCAAAGGGAUUUUGCGGAAGCCAGGUAGUGAGAACGACGAGCUUGAGAGUGACGAUGAUCAGCAAGAUCGAGCAGACUUCAAUGAGCGCAUGAACCCAUUCAUCUACACUGGUGAUCGACCAUAUCCCUCAACGACCUGGGUCUGGGUGUUGGCUGAGCGAAAGGUUGGCCCGUUCUUUCGCUCCUUCCGCUUUAAGAGACCGAUCAACUGGGAUGCCGCGCAAAGCCGCUUUAUGAAUGGCCUUCUUCUCCUCAGGCUUCCGGUGAUUGUGGGGCCUAAGAAACGGGUUUGUUUCAAGCUCGAUGAUUAG